UGCACUUGACCCUCCCGGUACUUUAAACCCCAGUCCCUGGAUUCAUUUAUUCUAUUUAUUCAACUAGUCCAUGUGCGAUCACUAAUACAUGUGUUUAUGUGAUCUACCGACAGCAUUGAAGAGUUGAAACAAGAAAAAAAGAGAACAGUUUAAAAUGAAUUGUCCAUACUCCACAGCUGUGGGGUACUGCCCUGAGCUCCCCUUUCAUCGGCAUAGAGACCCUUCUUCCCACCUGUCCUGGACUGAGAGUUCCUGCCUGGCCUCCAUUAUGUCACAGAACCAAUCAGGACAGAGCUCUGACAUCCUCAGUCAGGAUGUGUUCAACCAGCUACUGGAGAUGCUAGACCAGUCAGCGUUCCACUCGUCGCAGCCCAUAGAGUUGAACUUCUCAGACAGCCCAGCAGACGAAGAUGGACCAGCAGGGAACACUAUCCAGAUCAGCAUGGACUGCAUCACCAUGCAUGAGGGACAGGAACCACUUUCGUCCCAGUAUACCAACCUGGGGCUGCUGAACAGCAUGGAUCAGAACAUCCAAAAUGGCGGCUCUACCUCCACCAGUCCCUACAACAACGACCAUGUCCAGAACAACGUGUCAGCUCCUUCACCCUACGCCCAGCCCAGCUCCACCUUCGACGCCAUGUCCCCCUCCCCGGCUAUCCCCUCCAACACAGACUACGCCGGGACACACACCUUCGACGUCUCCUUCCAGCAGUCCUCCACAGCCAAGUCUGCCACCUGGACGUACUCUACAGAGCUGAAGAAGCUGUACUGUCAGAUCGCCAAGACGUGUCCCAUCCAGAUCAAGGUGCUGACCAACCCCCCGCAGGGCGCCGUCAUCAGGGCCAUGCCCGUUUACAAGAAGGCAGAGCACGUCACCGAGGUGGUCAAACGCUGCCCCAACCACGAGCUCAGCCGCGAGUUCAACGACGGUCAGAUAGCCCCUCCCAGUCACCUGAUCCGAGUGGAGGGUAACAACCACUCCCAGUAUCUGGAGGACUCCAUCACGGGCCGUCAGAGUGUCUUGGUCCCAUACGAGCCACCUCAGGUGGGCACAGAGUUCACCACCAUCCUAUAUAACUUCAUGUGCAACUCCAGCUGUGUGGGAGGAAUGAACCGACGCCCCAUACUCAUCAUCGUCACCCUGGAAACCAGAGAAGGUCAGGUGCUGGGUCGGCGCUGCUUCGAGGCCAGGAUCUGCGCGUGUCCUGGCCGGGACCGCAAGGCGGACGAGGACAGCAUCCGCAAGCAGCACGUAACUGAUGGAACAAAGACCAGUGAGUGUAUGAAACGCCCCUUCCGCCAGGCCCCCCAUGGAAUCCAGAUGUCCUCCGUCAAGAAGAGAAGAUCCACCGAUGAGGAAGUAUUUUGUCUGCCUAUCAAAGGCCGUGAAAUCUAUGAGAUUUUGGUAAAAAUCAAAGAGUCUCUGGAACUCAUGCAGUUUCUGCCUCAGCACACUGUAGAGUCAUACAGGCAGCAGCAGCAGAACCUCCUGCAGAAACAAUGGGAUCUCUGGGGGGAUGAGAGUAAUGGCCUGUACCCUCCUCUCUCCUGCCCCAGGAGCGCCAUGGCCCCCCAGCCCCAGUAUGGCUCCAGCUCCCCUCCUCACCCCCACGGCAAGGUCAACAAGCUCCCCUCCGUCAGCCAGCUAAUCAACCCCCAGCAGCGCAAUAUACUCACGCCUUCCUCCAUGCCCCAAGGCCUGACUGACAUGACUCCUAUGAUGGGCCACAUGGCUAUGAAUGCUGACAUGUCGACCAUGAGCCCCGCCCACAUCCUGCAGCCCCAGUUACCCAUGGUGCCCAGCUCCCACUGCACCCCACCGCCUCCCUACCCCAUGGACAGCAGCAUCUCCAGCUUUCUUCUGCGGCUGGGCUGCGCAGCCUGCCUGGACUACUUCACAGCACAGGGCCUGACCAACAUCUACCAGAUCGAGAACUAUAACUUGGAGGACCUGUCCCGGCUGAAGAUCCCGCAGGAGUUCCAGCACGUCAUCUGGAAGGGCAUCAUGGAGCACCGGCAGAGCAUGGAGUUCUCCCCUCCCCCCCACAUCCUGCGUACCUCCAGCGGGGCCUCCGCCGUCAGCGUAGGGUCCUCCGAGGCCCGCGGCGAGCGGGUCAUCGACGCAGUGCGCUUCACCCUGCGCCAGACCAUCUCCUUCCCUCCGCGUGACGACUGGUCCGACUUCUCCUUCGACCUGGACUCCCGACGCAACAAGCAACAGCGCAUAAAAGAGGAGGGUGAAUAGAGAGAGAGAGACACUCUGGCCGGAGUGUGUCUCUCGAGUUGUCGGGGAAAAAAAAUUAAAAAGCGCACUGCAACAACAGGUCUGUAAAAGGCCAUUUCCCUGACAUUCACAGAGAUCGCUUUUUACAAACGCUGUAGAUGUCAGCUCAAGCAUAUAUUAGCUUUUAAAAAGUAGAGUGCAGUACUCUUCACAGCAGUGCACCUUGGAUUGAAGCCCCUGGCUCGGUCCCCCUUCAUAUGUCAUACACCUGUUGACCAACCCACUCUCCUAUCACAGUACAGGACUAGGACAUCUCUGCUUCAACGUUCUAAGCGCAGAUAAUCCUAAAUAGCAAAAAUACUAUGCAAAUAAAAAUGCACUUAUUAUUAUUUUUUUUAAAAGCCUUCAUUAGCUGCCAGCUAGAUGAGAGAAAACAGCUAUAUUUCUUUAUUUUUUAUCAAAUUUCUUGAGACAAAGCACUUAAGAAAUGCUUUUGUGAUUUGCUUUGAUAUUGUUUUAUAGUGUUCAUUAUCCAUUCCAAUGUUAACGCAUGACUUGAGAGGAAACUUUUAGGGGUUGUUGUUGUUCUUGGCUGAGAUUGAAUCCAAGGCGCGUUAUAGAGCAGGACACUAGACAGCCAAGAUUUUUCCUGACGUUAAGACAUGUAUUUAUGUCCGUUUUUCAGUCUUGCUGUUGACUCACUUGGUAAACCUAGAAGAACCUCACAUUAAACAGGCGAGUGGCGGCAUCUAGUGGCCACACUGGUACUGCACCAAUCACUGCUAAAUACAAUGUCACAAUGUAGUCCUAUAUUAACGUCUGCUCAAACGUAAAUUACGGUCAUCACUAGUUACCAUAGCCAACAAAUCAUAAUUAUGGUGAACCCUUUGCCUAUUUCUAUCAUUUUUCUAAUUAAAAUCUGAUUUUAAACCUAAACCCACUGCCGACAUGAUGACUAAUCUGAAGACUUGAUGAAUUUGACGAUAUAGCCAUUUUGACUUUGUGGCUGUGGUAACCAGGGACUACCUUAAAGAACCUAUAAAAGUCCAAGUGUACUAUGCCGCUCUAUUUACAACCCGUUGGGUUGAAUCCCAGUCUCUGCUGCUCCAUACUGGACUGUUAUGGUUACCUGUUAUUUUUAGUUCACAACACUGUUUUGACCUGAUUGUAUACACUUCCAAGAUACAUAUAUUUUUGACUUCCUGUCAGGGAGAAGUGUUAAUAACAUGCUGGAACUGGUUUUCUACUGUGCCUGUGUUAAACCCUCGAGAUGCCCAGGAAACCUGGGAACGUUAACCCUAGUGUUAGCCGUCGUGUUUAUAAGUACCUAAUGUAUUUCUACGUGAACGACAAUAAUGCAUUAUCACACAAACCGUUGGUACCUGAAGUAUUUACGUUGAUCAUAAACUGAGUAACUGAAACUAACAAGAAACUCAAUAUGCUCAUAGCCCUUGAUGUUGUGAUGGUUACCAAUAAACGUGACCCGAUUGUGAUGGUGUUCACCUUUCCUAUUGUUGUGUCCCAAAUGGCACCCUACGCACUACUCGACCAGGGGGCCCUGAUCAGGGGUAGUGCACUAUAUAUAGGGAAUAGGGUGCUAGCCCUGAUCAGAGGUAGUGCACUAUAUAUUGGGAAUAGGGUGCUAGCCCUGAUCAGAGGUAGUGCACUAUAUAUUGGGAAUAGGGUGCUAGC